AUGGAUCCCGGUAUUUCAGACCGUUUAAUAAUAACGGCACCCAUGUACUUCAGUCAUCCUGCAGAGGAUUGUGGAUAUUGUAAAGGUGAAAAAAAAGACCCCAGGUAUUUUUUUGCACUCGAAUCAUUUUUUGAAAAGUACAGGACUGAUGUGUUGAAAGAUAAAUUACAAAUUGAACAUUCUAGUAUUGGAUUUCAAGCAAUGAAAAUGAAUGUGAGACAAUAUGAAAGGCUUUGUAAUUUGGGAUUUAGAAGAUCAGGAGAUUUCAUUUAUAGAACGGAGAUGUUACGUAAUUGUUGUAGAUUAUACACAAUUAGAACAUCUUUAAAACAGUUUAAAAUUACUAAAGAAUUCAAAUCUGCCAUUAAUAAAUUUACAAAACGUAUUACUACAACAGAACAACUUGAGAAGUUAAGAAAAAAAAGUGAAGCAAACAAAAAUAAACCUUAUGAUUUUAUUGAAAAAUUGAAUGAAGCAGAAAUGAUAUCUACAAACUUCCAAACUGUUUAUGAACCGGCCGUAUUUUCAGAAGAAAAAUAUCUCCUUUUUGCUAGAUAUCAAGAAGCCGUCCAUAAGGAUUUUGAUCAUAGUCCUAAGGGGUUUGAAAGGUUUCUUUGUCAUUGUCCAUUCACUAAUACUGGAACUGAGGAACAAUGGAAACAACUUAAUGAGGCAAGAAUACAUGAUAUUCGAAUUGCCUCACAAAAGGAAGUCAGUGGACCAGUCCACGAGUGCUACUAUUAUGAUGAUAAACUGAUUGCCUUAUCAGUUCUUGAUAUUUUACCAACUGGUAUUUCAUCUGUAUAUUUCAUUUGGGAUCCGGAUUAUAGAGAUUGGUCCCUAGGUAAAAUUAGUGCCUUAAGGGAAUUGGCGUUAGUUGAAAGGGAAAGUAAAAAAUAUUAUUAUUUAGGUUUGUACGCUGAUGAUUGUCCAAAAAUGAAUUACAAGGGGGCCUACGGUGGAGAAUUGUUAGAUAUUUGUAAUGGUAAGUUUGUACCGUUAGAGUUUUUGAAAGUUAACGGUAUGAUAUCUGAAAGCAAAUUUUUUACGAUAAAUGAUGAUAGUAUGCGAAAUGGUGAUAUAUAUAUUGAAGAUGAGAUUAACUUACCUUUUCCGAGUUGUGUGGAUAAGAGAGAGCCUUCUUUAAGAGCAGCAUUGCCGGAAAAUAUUGAAACUACUAAUACAAAGGAUUUUGAUAUCAAUAGAGCAGAGGUAGUAUAUGGGGUGGAUGGAUCUGCAUAUGGUGGAAUUGAAGAAUUAGUAAAGUUGUUUGCAGAACAGGAUAUUGAAUACACAAUAGAACCCUCGAAUGUCUUGAAUUUAGUACCGAAGGAUGAAUAUAUAGAACAGAGUGCUAGAUAUGCUUUAUUUCCCUCUGUCUCACCGGGAUUGAUGCCAUUGUGGCAAUUAAUGUAUUUUAUGGAACAUGAAGGCGGAAACCGUAUUGAUGGUGUGUUCGCUGAGUUGCUUGUCGUCGAGUUUUCCCCAUUUACUGGUAUUAGACGUUUAGAAAACAUCUUAGAUGAGAGUAAGCAAGUUAAGACAGCUGUGUGUAACUUAAUCAGAAUACUGGGUCCAUCAUUUGCAGCUGAGGUAUUGUUAGUAUGCCAGUAG